AUAACUCAAAUGGCACUACAUUUCACUCAUCUUCAUUUUCCUUUAUUAUUUCUAAUAAUUACUAUCUGCCUAUGUAUAUCUUCAACCUUUGCUGUAAAACCCCAGAAUUUUUAUCCAUUUUUCAAAGUUGAUGCUGAUGGAAUUAUUCACAGGUAUCAACACAUCAAGUUAGUCCCUCCAUCAAACAAUCCCAAAACUGGGGUUCAAUCCAAAGACGUUACAAUUUUGCCCCAAAAAAACGUAUCAGCACGACUUUACCUUCCUAAAAUCAGUCGAAAAAACCAAAAAUUUCCUCUGCUUUUUUACAUCCACGGAGGCGGCUUCUGUACUCAAUCAGCAUUUUCUUCCAUGUACGAUAGUUACCUCCACAAGCUAACCUCUGAGGCUAAUGUAAUCAUCGUAUCAAUCGAUUACAGAUUAGCCCCAGAGCAUCUAAUCCCCGCGUGUUACGAUGAUUCAUGGGCUGUCCUGAAUUGGGCUGCACAAGGAACAGAGCCCUGGCUUAAAAUACACGCCAAUUUUUCGCGUGUUUUCUUAGCUGGUGAUAGUGCUGGUGCUAAUAUUGCACACAACUUAAUGGUUCGGGCAAGUGAGGAAAGCCAUUUUGUCGCGUCAUUAGUAGGAAUGGCACUGAUUGAUCCUUAUUUCGGUAAUGGUAAGCCUGAUUCACUAUGGACGUAUUUAUGUCCCAAAAGUAAUGGGAUUAAUGAUUCGAGAUUCAAUCCGGCAGCUCAUAGGAGUAUGCUGUCGGAAUUGAAAUGCUCGAAGGUUUUAGUUUGUACUGCUGGCAAAGAUUUUUUGAGAGACAGGGCUUGGACUUAUUAUGAGACUUUGAAGAAAAGUGGGUGGAAAGGUCAAUUGGGGAUAAAGGAGAUAGAAGGGGAGGGACAUGUCUUCCAUUUAUUUAACCAAACUUCUGAGAAAGCUAAGGUCUUGAUGAAAUCCAUAGUCCACUUCUUAGCCUAGCGCCAAAUUCAGAAUCUAGAGUUAGUAAGUUCAAAAUGAGAAUAAAUUUACCCUUGUUUGUGUAUCAUGAAACGUAAUAUAAUGCAGUGUAUUGUCAUGUGUUGGGAUACCAAA